AUGUCAGACAAAUGGGCUAGGCAAAACGAAGAACCACCUGCCCUGGCUGAGAGAAGAAACGUGAACAAAAACGUUUCACUUCAGACCGGGGAAGAGUUUUCCAUGGAGUUUCUCAGGGACCAUACUCCUAAAACUCACAAUGACGUCCAUAGAUUCGGUGACCUUUACUAUCAGAAUCAGCCAUUGGGGUACGACAGUGUCGCUCGGUUUCAUGAGCUGAGGAGGAUCGAAUCCGAAUGUCCCUCCGAUGCAUAUGACUUCGGACGUGACCCUGGUGGUUACAUGCCUCAUUUCAACGCAUACCACAACGUUGGUGGUGAGAAAGAAGUCAUAACAACAAGGAAAGCUUUUGGUGAAACCAAUCCAAACCAAGGGAGGUCUCCGCCUUCUGUGUACUUACCAGAGCGUGCUCAGUCCAACAACAACUUCACCGGAGGAGGAGAUUUUGAUAGGUUUGGGAAAGUGAAGUUUCUUUGCAGCUUCGGUGGGAAAAUCAUGCCAAGAUCAAUCGAUGAGAAGCUGAAAUACGUUGGAGGAGAGACGCAUAUUGUUUCCAUCCGCAAGAACCUUUCUUGGGAAGAGCUCAAGAAGAAGACAUCAGCUAUAUGCCAACAGUUGCACUCAAUCAAGUAUCAGCUUCCAGGGGAUGAGCUUGACUCGUUAAUCUCGGUUUCUUCCGACGAGGAUCUUCAGAAUAUGAUUGAGGAGUACAAUGUGUUGGAAAGACCCGAAGGUUCUCAACGGCCACGGCUGUUCUUGAUUCCUAUCGGAGAGCCUGAAACCAAACCUCCACAGAGCAAUUCUGAUUGCCAAUACGUUGCAGCGAUGAAUCGUAACGCUGACUUUACAAGUUACCAUGUAAACCACUUGGACCGGAAUCCGAGUUUCUGCAAACGGCCACCGAGUCAGAUGCUCCGAGUGGAGACUACUAGUGGAAUGCACUCGAAUCCACUCUUUAAUGGAGUUCAGUACAACAUGUCUGCUUAUCCAUCACCUCCUAUUUCUCCAUCACCAUUCCAGCAUCACAGAGACAAUUCAAACAGUGGAUACUCACAGUUCCAUGGAAACAACAACUCCAGCUCCGAGAGCAACAAUUCCUUAAAUGCAGCACAGCAAGAUCAUCCCUCUAGCGUUGAGACGAUUGAUUCUAGAUAUCAUCAACAACGACCGGUGAACUUCCAGGCUUACAAGCAAGAGGCAGAGCAACCAUAUGGGAUUCAUCAAUUCCAAAGUGGCUUCAACAAGAACGUUGAGACUACUCACAAUCUUGGUCAUGUUGAUAGUACUGUUAGCUUAAACACCGAGAGGUCGUCAGCGAGUAAUGGGAGGUUCUACGGCGCACCUGAAGAAUCUAAGGUCUCGUUUUCAGGGUCUACGAAUUCGAAUGAUUCGUUCUUGGGGAUCCCUCACUCGUACUCAGACUCUACACUGGAGAUUAAUGGUGGACAGUCUAGUUACUUUUCACAAGAGAGACAGAGCCCUUCUUCGCCGUUGCACUUUACAAAGAAACAAACGCAAGAGAAGCCAGUGCAGGUGCAUAGGAAUAACGAUCUUGCUGACCGUCGCACACAGAGCAAUAUACUUGAUUUUAAGUCCACUGAUGGAGGAGAGCCUAUGUUUAACUUCUCCCCAAGUCCAGCAGGAGAAAACAAGGCAAUGCCUAUAGACAUUUCUUGUGCAGGCAAUCAUUAUGAUGAAAUGUAUCUGAAUCAAGGUGGGAAAGUGAUGGGGACAAGAGAAAUCCCUACUGACAUGGAAUGCAAUAAGCUGCCUAUGCCUAUUAGUGGAAACCAGACUACUUCAGUGGUUGAUGUUGAUCCAUGGAAGCAAGUACAGCAAGAUAGUGAGCGUUUGAUAGCUGGAACGUUAUCCGCUAGUUUAAUAUCUUUAGAGGAAGGUAUUGCAGCUGAUGCCUCAAAUCAAGAAGCUGGAACUUCUGCUGUUAGGGAAAGGAAUUUGGAAGUUUCAGGGGCUUUUUUGAAUAAGAGAAUGGGGUCUGAUGACGAUUUCUUGUUCAACAUCUCCUCAGAAUCAGCAAACAAGCAUAUAGGACGUGAGAUAGGGAGCUUGGAACUUGAUCCAACUCUAAAGAAUCGAACACAAAGGGAAGGUGGAUCAGGCCUUGUGAGAAUCCGAAGCAUGGAUCUGAAUCAACCAGCACCACUCACAAGAACAACUAGUGAAACAAACGAUUUGGAGAUCCCAUCUGUUCGACACACAAAGAUAAAUAGCAGUGAUACUGUGUUCCUUUCCGAGGACGGUGAAGCGAAUGUCAGCGAGAGCGAGAACGAGAACGACAACAGUUUUAACGACACACUCAUUGUUGAAAUGGAAGCCGGUGUUUAUGGUUUGCAGAUGGUAAAGAACGCCGAUCUUGAAGAGCUAACGGAACUGGGAUCAGGGACAUAUGGAACUGUCUUCCAUGGAAAAUGGCGAGGAACAGAUGUCGCUAUAAAGAGAAUAAGGAAAAGCUGCUUUGCAGGGAGAUCAUCUGAACAAGAACGCUUGACCAAGGAUUUCUGGAGGGAAGCACAGAUACUCUCAAAUCUUCAUCACCCGAACGUUGUUGCAUUCUACGGAAUAGUCCCUGAUGGAACUGGAGGAACUUUGGCAACUGUAACAGAGUUCAUGGUGAAUGGGUCACUCAGGCAUGCUCUUCUCAAAAAGGACAGGUUGCUUGACGCUCGGAAAAAGAUAAUAAUCGCAAUGGACGCUGCUUUUGGGAUGGAGUAUUUGCAUUCGAAGAACAUUGUCCACUUUGAUCUUAAAUGCGAGAACUUACUCGUUAACUUAAGGGAUCCACAACGACCUAUAUGCAAGGUGGGAGAUCUUGGCUUAUCUAGAAUCAAACGUAACACAUUGGUAUCAGGAGGAGUGAGAGGAACACUUCCAUGGAUGGCACCAGAACUCUUGAACGGAAGCAGCACCAGAGUUUCAGAGAAAGUGGAUGUUUUUUCAUAUGGGAUCUCGCUGUGGGAGAUUCUAACCGGAGAGGAACCUUAUGCAGAUAUGCAUUGUGGAGCAAUCAUUGGUGGGAUUGUGAAGAACACACUUCGACCAACCAUACCAAAAACCUGUUCUCCGGAAUGGAGAAAUCUGAUGGAACAAUGCUGGUCUAUAGACCCGGACUCACGUCCUCCGUUCACCGAGAUAACAAGCCGGCUUCGAUCCAUGUCGAUGGAACUCGUAGCUAAAACCAAGAAAAGAGAAAACAAAUCCUGA